ACGCCGAGCUGCUGGCCGGGGUGCCCACUGCGAGCCCGGAGGUCGGAGGGUGAACAUGUCGGGGUUCCUCGUUCACACGCUCUCUCUGCUGCUGAUGCCCCUGCUGCUGGGCUCGGCGCGCGGCUUGCAUAAUGCCUCCCAGAGGAUGUUCAAGAUCGACUACAGCCAGAACUGCUUCCUCAAGGAUGGCCAGCCGUUCCGCUACAUCUCGGGAAGCAUUCACUACCACCGCGUGCCCAGCUUCUACUGGAAAGAUCGGUUGCUGAAGAUGAAGAUGGCCGGGCUGAACGCCAUCCAGAUGUACAUACCUUGGAACUUUCACGAGCCUCUGCCAGGACAGUACCAGUUUUCUGAUGACCAUGAUGUGGAACAUUUUAUUCAGCUGGCUCAUGAGAUGGGACUGCUCGUGAUCCUGAGGCCUGGACCCUACAUCUGUGCCGAGUGGGACAUGGGGGGAUUGCCUGCUUGGCUAUUGGAGAAAGAAUGUAUUGUUCUCCGUUCAUCUGACCCAGACUACCUCGCAGCUGUGGACAAGUGGUUGGGAGUCCUUCUGCCCAAGAUAAAACCUCUCCUGUAUCAGAAUGGAGGGCCGAUAAUAACAGUGCAGGUUGAAAAUGAAUAUGGCAGCUACUUUACCUGUGACUACGACUACCUGCGUUUCCUGCAGAACCGCUUCCGCUACCACCUAGGUGACGAGGUGCUUCUGUUCACCACCGACGGGGCACGUGAGACGUUGCUGCAGUGUGGGACGCUGCAGGGCCUCUACGCCACAGUGGACUUUGGGGCAGGCUCUAACAUCACAGCUGCCUUUGAAAUCCAGAGGAAGACUGAGCCCAGGGGACCCUUGGUCAAUUCUGAAUUCUACACUGGCUGGUUAGACCACUGGGGCCAACCUCACUCCAGAGUCAGUACUGAAGCAGUGACCUCCUCCCUCUAUAACAUGCUUGCCCUUGGGGCAAACGUGAACAUGUACAUGUUUAUGGGUGGGACCAACUUUGCCUACUGGAAUGGGGCCAACACUCCCUAUGCAGCGCAGCCCACCAGCUAUGACUAUGAUGCCCCGCUGACCGAGUCAGGGGACCUCACUGAGAAAUAUUUUGCAGUGCGAGACAUUAUCCGGAAGUUUGAGAAAGUACCAGACGGCCCUAUCCCUCCAUCCACACCAAAGUUUGCGUAUGGAAAAGUCGCUCUGAAGAAGUUAAAGACAGUGGGAGAGGCUCUGAACAUCCUGUCUCCCUCCGGGCCCACAAAAAGCAUUUAUCCCUUGACAUUUGUCCAGGUGAAACAGUAUUUUGGGUUUGUGCUGUACCGGACGACACUCCCUAAAAAUUGCAGCGACCCGACACCCCUCUCUGCACCCAUCAAUGGAGUCCGUGAUCGGGCCUACGUCUCUGUGAAUGGGGUCCCCCAGGGAAUCCUUGAGCGAAACCAGGUGUUCACUGUGAACAUAACAGGGGAAGCUGGAGCCACUCUGGACGUGCUGGUGGAGAACAUGGGGCGUGUCAACUAUGGCAGAUAUAACAAUGAUUUCAAGGGUUUGAUUUCUAACCUGACACUCGGCUGCAGUAUCCUCACGGACUGGCUGAUCUUCCCGUUGAACGCUGAGAACGCAGUGCGAGGCCACCUGGGGGGCUGGGGUGGCCAUGGCAACAGCUGCCAUGUUGAACCAGAGCCUCACAGCUCAUCGAACUUCACACUGCCAGCCUUUUAUGUGGGGAACUUCUCCAUUCCGGCUGGGAUCCCAGACUUGCCCCAGGACACCUUUAUCCAGUUUCCUGGCUGGACCAAGGGCCAGGUGUGGAUUAAUGGUUUUAACCUUGGCCGCUAUUGGCCCGCACGGGGCCCCCAGAUGACCCUGUUUGUGCCGCAGCACAUCCUCGUGACCUCGGCCCCAAAUACCGUCACAGUGCUGGAACUGGAGCGUGCACCCUGCAGCAGCGUGGACCCUGCGCUGUGCACCGUGGAGUUUGUGGACAAGCCGGUGAUCAGCACAGCCGUGACCUACAGCCAUCUCCCUACCUGGCCGGACCAUGUGUGAGGUUUACUAAAGACUGUGUCGCUGCACAUACCUCACAGAUCCUCCUCCUAAUGCGAACAGAGGUGGAGUGGAAGCUCUCGGUGUAUUUCUGAUUUUUAUUUUGGAAGAAUCAUGUUGUCUUCUUGUGAAAUAAAAUUUGUACUUAACUGAUGAGGUUACCGUCUCUAAC